GCAAUUUGCACCCUAGAAAAUAAUGUAAUCACAAAAACCUAUAUGGAUGUGAUACGCGGAGCCUAAUACAGCUCGAGUUUAACGCACGCGCACCUCAACAGCAACCCAAACAUCAACCACCGUCCGCGGCGGCGCUUUCUAUCCUCCUCUACGACCAACUCAACUGUAGAAUAUAGACACAAAGCUUUUUCCAAAAAAAUGGCGGUUCUAAUUCACUUGCCAAAUUCCACCCCAACCCUUGGCAUCCAUGCAUCACACAUUUCCAUAUCUAAAUCCUUACUCCGCCCAUCCAUGACUGUUUCCAAACUCCAGCCCCUCCGCCGUCUCUCCCACCAUCUCCGCCGCCGCAGUCUCGCCGUCUCCGCCUCCGCCGUCCGCCAAGACACAACCCUCUGGACUCCCACCCCGCUGCUGCAAAUCUCUCCCGCAGCCGAAUCGCUAUUCAACAUCACCAUCGACGUCUCGGAAUCGCCCGAGCUCGCCGCCUCUUACACCAAGGCCGGCCAGUAUUUGCAGCUCCGCCUUCAGGAUUCCGACUCCAAACCCUCGUUCCUGGCCAUCGCAUCGGCGCCGUCGCUCGCCGCGUCGAAAGGCGUGUUCGAGUUUCUGGUGAAAUCCGUCGCCGGUUCAACGGCCGAGCUCCUGUGCGGGCUCAAUAAAGGUGAUCUCGUGGAGUUGACUCCGGCCAUGGGGAAGGGAUUCGAUAUUGACCAAAUAUCCCCGCCGGAAAACUAUCAAACAGUGCUAAUUUUCGCCACCGGCUCUGGAAUUAGCCCAAUCCGGUCUUUAAUCGAAGAAGGCCUCAAUGCUAAUGUGAGAUCUGAUGUGAGACUCUAUUACGGAGCUAGAAAUCUUGAUCGGAUGGCUUAUCAGGACAAGUUUAAAGAAUGGAAAUCGUCUGGAGUCGAUAUUGUGCCUGUGCUGUCCCAGCCCGACGAUAGUUGGACAGGGGAACGAGGUUACGUGCAGGCUGCAUUUACUAGAGAGAGAGGAAACUACGGCCCUCAGUCUACCGGAGCAGUUCUCUGUGGCCAAAAACAGAUGGCUGAGGAGGUGACUGCUGUUCUUGUAGCUGAUGGAGUAUCGAGCGACAAGAUUUUGAAGAACUUCUAACAACCGUAAAUUUUUGAGCUCUUCGUGUUGGUAUAUUAUAUAUUUAUACUUUUUUUGUUUUUUUUGUUUGUGCUUAUAAAAUCAUAAUCAUUCAUUCAUUCAGAAGCUGAGCAUCAUCGGCUUUAAGUCACAUAAUACAUGUAAUAUGAAUAAAUCCAUCAUAUUAUACUCGUAAAUUUCGACCAACAAAUAUUUAGCUUGAGAUGUGAUUAUUUUUUCGGUUUUUGAAUUCAUAAUGUUUAAUUAUAU